GCGCGCCAGGACGCGAUGGCGGCGGCGGAGCCCGCAGGCUCAGGCCAGCCGGCGCCGCAGGGCCAGGGCCAGCGGCCGCAGGCGCAGUCCCCGCAGGGACAGACCCCGACCCCGCCGCCGCAGUUCGGGGGCGUCGGGGGCGGCAGCAGCAGGCACGAGAAGAGCCUGGGGCUGCUCACUACCAAGUUCGUGUCGCUGCUGCAGGAGGCCAAAGACGGCGUCCUGGAUCUCAAAGCGGCUGCAGAUACAUUGGCUGUGAGGCAAAAAAGAAGAAUUUAUGAUAUCACCAAUGUCUUAGAGGGAAUUGAUUUGAUUGAAAAAAAGUCAAAAAAUAGUAUCCAAUGGAAAGGUGUAGGCGCUGGCUGUAAUACUAAAGAAGUUAUAGAUAGAUUAAGAUUUCUUAAAGCUGAAAUUGAAGAUCUAGAACUGAAAGAAAGAGAACUUGAUCAGCAGAAAUUGUGGCUACAGCAAAGCAUCAAAAAUGUGAUGGAUGACUCCAUUAAUAAUAGAUUUUCCUAUGUAACUCAUGAAGAUGUCUGCAAUUGCUUUAAUGGUGAUACACUUUUGGCUAUUCAGGCACCUUCUGGUACACAGCUGGAGGUACCUAUUCCAGAAAUGGGUCAGAAUGGACAAAAGAAAUACCAGAUCAAUUUAAAAAGUCAUUCAGGACCUAUCCACGUGCUGCUUAUCAAUAAAGAGUCCAGUUCAUCUAAGCCUGUGGUUUUUCCCGUCCCCCCACCUGAUGACCUCACACAGCCUUCUUCUCAGUCCUCCACUCCAGUGACUCCACAGAAAUCCAGCAUGCUGGCUCAGAACUCGCCUGAGCAACAUGUGUCCGAAAGAAGCCAGAGUCUUCAGCAGAUACCAGCUACAGAAAUAGCUUCUGUAGGAUCUAUUAGUGGAGAUAUUAUCGAUGAGUUAAUGUCUUCUGAUGUGUUUCCACUCUUACGGCUUUCUCCUACCCCUGCAGAUGACUACAACUUUAAUUUAGAUGAUAAUGAAGGAGUUUGUGAUCUGUUUGAUGUCCAGAUACUAAAUUAUUAGAUUCCAUGGAAACUUGGGACUGUUAUCUACCUCUAACUGUGUAACAUUUUAGAUUUCUUAAUAACCUAAGUAUUUAAAAAUAAUGAAUGUAACACCUUUUUAGUUCACUGAUUCUGAAGUGUUCUUCUCUAAUUCUUUCUUUUU